ACUAAAUAUGGUGAGGAAUCCAGGGCUUGUGCCCCCUACGCAGUGCACUACGUAUCUCCCAGGAAGGUGGAUUGGGAUUCGGCGUUUGAUUCUGCGGUUUGAAACAGAAGGGGUGUGAGUGAGAGCUAGCUAAGCAGUGCAGGGGAUCCCUCCACCCCCUUGGCGGAACAUUUGGGAAAAAGCUCAAGACGAAUAUUACUGAUAUUAUUAUAAAUAUACAUAAAAUUAUUUUCCGAAGCCGUGUAUUUGAUACGUACCUGGCAACCUUCUUGCGUUUUGAAAUAACUGAUAUUUUGGAUAAAACCGGUUUGAACUGAUAUUAGGAGGGUCGCGAGACGUUGUCGUUGACGAAUCGAGCUAGCUUGUUAGCUAGCUAUCCAUCCGUGUGUGUGUGUGUUAGCUUACAGUGGUUAUAAACCAUGAUGUGGACUAAAACCUGUUUAGUUAUUUAAAGAAAUAUCAGUCUAACUGGUGUGUAUAUUAACGUAAAAAAAAUUGUCUUAGCUAGCAAUAAUAGCUAAGUGCUAGCCAGACUUAACGUUAAUUCUACGUUAUAGUGACUGAGUAAGGAGCGCAACGCACAGUAUAAAUGAAUACAUUGUAAUUAACUUAUCAUCAUAGUCAGAUAAAAAUAAUAAGCUAUAACCGUUUGUAAUUGUUUACAUAAAGACAAGUUAGUAACGUUAAAUGCGUAGCGAGCCGUGCGCUGAGCUGACUAGCAGGCUUCGCAGUUGACAUGUUUGUGCAUGUGCGUGUCGUUUAGCGAUCCAGCUGUUCAUCACGCAUCACUAAAUCGUAACGUGUUUACGCAUCCAGCUAUGCGAUCUCGGCGAAAUGUUUCCUAGCAAGCGUUCUUAAGCUGGCGCUGUGUCAGAAAGUGUGCAGGCUGCUUUCCGGCACACUCGGACACUCCUUAUCAGGACCGAACAGGAGGUCAUGGUCCCAGCUGCAUUGCGGCCCUGUUUCACCGGAGAUACCAGGCACACAUUGCUACAGUGAACCAGGCUGUACACAGAGCUGCGAGAAGACAAGACCAGCUUUGCGGAGUCGUGUAGGGAGUGCUGUGGUCGGUGGGGUAAAGGCAGACCCGUCAUCGCCCAUGCCCGCCAUGCCUGGUCCGGCGGCCAGCAAAGCGCGGGUGUACGCUGAUGUGAACACUCUGAAGAGCAAGGAUUACUGGGACUAUGAAGCACACGUGCCUAGCUGGAGCAACCAAGAUGAUUACCAGUUGGUUCGGAAGCUUGGAAGAGGCAAAUAUAGCGAAGUGUUCGAAGCCAUCAACAUCAACAGCAAUGACAGGGUGGUGGUGAAAAUACUCAAGCCUGUCAAGAAGAAGAAGAUCAAGCGAGAGAUCAAAAUCCUGGAAAACUUAAGAGGAGGAACCAACAUCAUUCGCCUUGUAGACACAGUCAAGGAUCCUGUGUCUAGAACACCAGCUCUUGUCUUUGAGUGCAUCAACAACACAGAUUUUAAGGAUCUCUACCAGAGAUUAACAGAUUUUGAUAUUCGUUUCUACUUGUAUGAACUUCUUAAGGCUCUAGAUUACUCUCACAGCAUGGGGAUCAUGCAUCGGGAUGUAAAGCCUCAUAACGUGAUGAUAGAUCACCAAAUGAGAAAGUUGCGCCUGAUAGACUGGGGCCUUGCCGAGUUCUAUCAUCCAGCACAGGAAUAUAAUGUAAGGGUGGCAUCGAGAUCAUAUAAGGGGCCAGAGCUGCUGGUUGAUUAUCAGAUGUAUGAUUACAGUUUAGACAUGUGGAGCCUGGGCUGCAUGCUGGCAAGUAUGAUUUUUCAAAAAGAGCCCUUUUUCCAUGGCCAGGACAAUUAUGAUCAGCUUGUUCGUAUUGCGAAGGUCCUCGGGACCGAAGAGCUUUACAGCUACCUUAAUAAGUAUCACAUUGAACUGGACACACGUUUCAAAGACCUGCUUGGACAGCAAACGCGAAAGCGCUGGGAGCACUUUGUGCAGCCAGAGAAUCAGCACUUGGUGAGCCCUGAAGCCCUGGAUUUGCUAGAUAAGCUGCUGCGUUAUGACCAUCAACAGAGAUUGACUGCUCAGGAGGCCAUGGAGCACCCCUACUUCUAUCCUGUGCUGAAAGGACAGCCUCUCUCAAACUCAGAUGGCACCCUGGCAAUAAGCAGUUCAACUGCGACAUGAUGAGCUAAAAGUAAAAGGAAAACCUUUUUACCUCAGUGUUUGGCAGAGACCCUGCGUUUCAGGUGUAAGCUUCACUCUACUGAAGCAAGAAGUAAUUUAGUAUCACAAGACAUGUACAGAAAACUGAAACACACCGGGCUGGCCGACUCCCUCUCGUUUAUUCACUUUGUAUUAGUGCUGCUUGCCACAGUUACUUAGAUACCAAAAACAGUGGUAUUCUGUAUGUCCCCUUCUUUCCUCUUUUAAGUUAAAGAUCUCUCUUUAAAAACAAAAACAAACAAACAAACAAAAAAAAAAACAAAA